AUGCCUGGGUUGUUGUUUGCUGUGAGGUCUGUAUUUGUAUUUAAGGAAGCAAAUGAGGAAUUCAAACAUGUUCUUCUGGCCUUUAUAUAUGACAAAGCUGAUCAAACUUCUCCAGUGGCAAAUGAGUGGUCAGAGAGGAAGAGAUUUGACAUUGCGGGAUUAAUGUCAUCUGUCUUAAGAGCUCAUUUACAUGCAUAUGAUCCAGUCUUUUCCAUGACAUUGAGAUAUUUGAUAAGCAUACACAAAGUAUAUUGCUUUCGUCAAGAAAUUGUAUCACCCAUUUCAGAUCUUACUCAGAGGUUGCUCCUUGAAGAACAUGAUCCCCCUGCAACCCCACAUGAGAGUCUGUAUGAAGCACCUCCUUUUGAUGAGGUGGACGUUCAAGCUCUCGCACAUGCUGUAGAGCUCACAAGACAAGGGGCAAUUGAUAGCUUGAGAUUUUCGAAGGGUGAUUUAUUUCUGGCAUUUCAGAAUGAAUUAUGUACGAUGAGUUUGGAUGUUUCCAUGCUUGAUGAGCUUGUUUGUGAGUAUUGUGUUUAUAGGGGAAUUGUGGAUUCUAGCCUGGCAUCCACUUCAGCAUCAGACAUGCAAACAGUUUCCGAACCUAAAGUUAAUCAACCAGAGCCUGGGUACUGUUCAUCAAGAAAUUGUUCUCUUGAAGCGGAUUCUGGUGCCAAUAAACAUUCCGACGGUGAGACCUCCAUUAACAAUACUCACAUGGAUGCUUCUCUUGAAAAAAUUGCUGAUGUGAGUAGUAGGCAAGGAGUGGAUGUUGAGUUACGGUAUGCUUGUGAGCCAACGCGUAACUACGAAGACUGUAGCACCAGUGGGUUGCAUCAGCCUUAAAAUCCAAGGGUUCUGCAGAGACAUAGAACCCAUGGAACUGGAGAAAGGAGUAAACGCAAGCGUUGGAGCCUUGGAGGGGAAGACAUGAUGACCAAGGUUUAAUAUAUGGUGUUCCUUUUGACCUAUGCAGAAAGGAAGAGCUUAGCACGACCUGUUUUCCAGCGCAUAUAUCUCAAAUGAACAAGAGGUGCUUGUGUGAUAAUUUUUGUUAUUCCUUGUGUUAAGUUUAUUAUUGACAGAAUACUGUUUUGUAGGGCUCAGGGUGACCCUCCAUGUUAUAUUUGUUAAUAUAUUUUGUAAAUAUUAUUUGAUUCAAUUUGAGCCAUACAUUUCCAUUUUGCGGAAGUAGUUGAAA